GUUGCAUUGUAUCUUUUUGUUUUUGUUUAAGUGCUCUCAUUCGUGAAGUUUUUGUAUUCAUGCCAGCGUCUUCAAUCGGAAGCCUUGAUUUGUCUCGAUGACUUCUUAGCGCUUUUCUCAAACGAAAAAAUUGUGGGUCUUGCGGGUACCCUCUAAACUUGAACUCUUCAAAUCGCAUCACCUCCUCUAUAGGCUCUAAAUAUCAGAAAACCAUCAAGAAGGGUGUCAUCACAUUCCUCUCCAUUGAUGUUAGCCGUUUCACCCAGGUUGAUGAGCAUAGCACAUUGCAGAUCAUCAGACUCAUCGCUUCCAUAUUGUUCGGAGUAGCACAAAUAAUCAGAAAAAGUGGCAUUGUUUUUUUUCUGCAGUUUUGCUUCUUCGUCUCUGACCGUCAAAAGUUAAUGCUUCCAUUCAUUCUGGGUUCUCCAGAUUAAUGGGUCUAAGGCUUUUAUAUUUCAACUAGAUACCUAUGACCAUGCAGGCUCACCAACAAUGGUUUGCGCCUUGCUACUGCUUCUCUAGGACUGGACGACAAGCUAUAAAUGUGCAACUCUUACACUUGCAUUUUUAGCAUACAUGGAGGCAGUUGUGGACCGAUCUUCUGUAAUCUCUGACUUACCUGAUGACUGUCUAGUGGCAAUAUUUCAGCAUCUUAACUGCCGUACUGAUCGCGAGGCAUUUGGAUUAACCUGCCAGCGCUGGCUUCAGAUCCAGAAUGCAACUCGUCUGCACUUAAAGCUUCAAUCGUAUUAUGAUUCUAGUGCUGCAGAAAACUACACUAAACAACUCCCCCGCCUUCUAUCCCGCUUUCAUUCUUUGUACUCCCUCAGCCUGGCUGGAUGCACUCUGUUACCUGAUUCAGCACUGAAACAUUUGUAUUCUUGUGGCUCCAAGCUGCAGACCUUGUGUCUUGACUGUUGCUUUUAUAUUACAGCAAAUGGGUUUUCAUUGGUAUUCUUGGGAUGCCCUAAUCUCACAUCCAUCAGUUUAUAUCGGUGUAAUGUCACUGAUGCAGUGCUAGAGAUCCUGAGUCAUUCUUGCUUGGCAUUGGAAAAUGUGAAUCUUUCAUAUUGCGUGCUUGUUACUGAUCAUGGUAUCUCAGCCCUUUCCAGUGGUUGUCCUAAACUUCAGGCAGUAACUGUUUCAUAUUGUAAGGGAAUAAGGGGACAUGGGUUCAAGGACUGUCAGCAGCUCAUAUAUUUGGAAGCUGAUUCGUGUUCAUUCACAACAGAUGGCCUCCUGGAAACCGCUAGCACUGGCUGUCUUGAGUACUUGAACAUUUCAAAUUUGAGAUGCUGGAAUGGUGGUGAUGGCCUAGGCUCCAUUGGUCUAGGUGGGAGCUGCUUGAGAUUUCUAAAUCUGCGCAUGUGCCGCUUUGUUGGCAAUGAAUCUGUGACAGCGAUUGCAAAAGGGUGUCCAUUGCUGAAGGAAUGGUGUUUAGCCCUGUGCCAUGAAGUGAAGGCCCUUGGUUGGGAGGCUAUCGCUGUUAAUUGCCAAAAUUUGGAGAUACUUCAUGUAAACAGAUGCCGCAAUCUUUGUGAUAGAGGGCUGCGUGCGCUUCAGAAUGGGUGUGGCAGUCUCAGGGUGCUAUACAUGCAUGGUUGUCAAAAGUUAACUAUUGUAGGAUUGGAGUCAUUCAAGUGUUUGAGAGGGGAGGUGGAAGUGAAGGCUGAGGAAUUGAUGUCUAUUGGUCGAGGAAUAGAACGUUUCCUUCUUCAGUCUACCUCCACCAGGUUGUCAUAGUGUAAUGUGAUACGGAAUUUCACUAGCAGAAGCUCGCCUUCUCCCUUAGUGGCUUAGCAGUUGACAUUCCUACGUGCUCCUCCUUGCCCUUAUGGAAGAUGAAUAAGGUAACCUUUUCAUCAUGAUGCUGAGUUGGUGAUGAGGAAGCCACUGUCAGCCUCACGCGAGUUUCGCCUCACUCCUUCCUUUUGUCUGUUGCUUGAUGAAAAAUGAAGAUGCCUUCUAUUCUGGAAACUCUGAGAAGUACCUCAUCGGAAGGGUUGCAGUUGUACUCCAAAAAUACCAUCUUUUAUGGUUACUUUUCCAUACAUGGUGACGCUCAAUUUAGUUUUAUUUGUAUUAGAUUUUCUCGGUUUGAGUCUAUGAAAGUAGACCUCUUGUUGGUUAAAUACGUUUUUGUGUGUGUGUGUGAGGGAGAGAGAGAAUUGUUACUUGUUUAACGAACUAUUAUUGAGAAAAAAGGAGGAUCAUUACUUGGAUUG